AUUAGAUAACACGAAUACGAUGUCUAAGGGAAUCGAGAUCACGACAUCUGAACGCCGACACAUGGACUUGAACAAUUAUCACUAAACUAUUACUACAUAUAUAAUAGAGAGACCCACCCACACACACACACCCCCUCUUAAAUUGCUUCACCUGCCCAACUAAUUACCUUCACCUUCUCCUUCUUUCCUUUUUCUUCUAAUAUUUUUGCCCUUAAAUACACCCUACACUCCAAUUCUAACCUUUGCCAUUUACCACUGAUCAUUUCCCCCCACAUUUAUAAAUACAAACCCCAUCUCAACUCCAUUUUCAUAUCUUCAUUACUAGUAUAAGCUAAGCUAUAUAUAUAUAUACCCCUACUAGUGAAUCUCGCAUGAACUAAAAGAUCAUAUAUAUAUUAUUUCUCAAUAUGGUUGAUCUUGGUCGUCCAUUGUUGUUGGGAGUGAUAGUUUUGUUUUGUGUGUUUUCUAGUUCUUUUAGUAGUAGUGAAGCUGAUUUUUUAGAGCCCGAAUGCUUAAAAGUGUCUAAUUACGAGUUCACUAGCUCAGUCAAGACCAUCGUUGAUGUCAUACAACAACUCACUUCUAUUUUCUCUCAGUUUGGAAAUACCUUUGGCGAUUCUCGCGUUUCCAAUGCCGUUUCUGAUUGCCUAGAUUUACUUGACGCCUCUGCUGAGCAACUCAGUUGGACAGUCUCUGCUACUCAAAAUCCUAAAGGCAAACAUAAUAGCACGGGGAAUCUAAGUUCUGAUCUAAGAACAUGGUUGAGUGCGGCUCUUAUUAAUCAGGACACUUGCAGUGAUGGGUUUGAAGGCACAAACAGCAUAGUGAAAGGACUAGUCACUGGUGGGCUUAACCAAAUCACUUCUUUGGUCCAAGAUCUUCUGACCCAAGUCAACCCAAUGUUUGAUUCCAAGCCCAAAAAGGCUAACAAGGCCCAUUUCCCAGCAUGGAUGAAGCCCAGAGACAGGAAGCUUGUACAAGCAAAUGGGGUGGAAGCGGACGCCGUGGUCGCCGCCGACGGCACCGGAAACUUCACGAAGAUCAUGGAUGCUGUUCUAGCGGCGCCGGAGUAUAGCAUGCAACGUUACGUGAUAUAUAUUAAGAAAGGAACUUAUCAUGAGAAUGUUGAGAUUAAGAAGAAGAGAUGGAACAUUAUGAUGAUCGGAGAUGGGAUCGAUGCCACCAUUAUUUCCGGUAACCGGAGUUUCAUUGAUGGUUGGACCACAUUUCGUUCGGCUACUUUUGCGGUAAGUGGUAGAGGAUUCAUAGCAAGAGACAUAACAUUUGAGAACACGGCCGGGCCAGAGAAGCACCAAGCCGUGGCUCUGCGCUCGGACUCUGACCUCUCAGUCUUCUACCGGUGCCGCUUCAGGGGCUACCAAGACACCCUCUACACCCACACCAUGCGCCAAUUCUUCAGGGAAUGCCACAUCAGUGGCACUGUUGACUUUAUCUUUGGUGACGCAGCAGCCGUGUUCCAAAAUUGCCAGAUAUUGGCCAAAAGGGGCCUCCCAAACCAAAAAAAUACCAUCACGGCCCAAGGUAGAAAGGACCCAAAUGAGCCCACGGGCUUCUCAAUCCAGUUUAGUAAUAUAAGUGCUGAUUCUGACCUUGUGGGCUUUGAAAACUCCACGUACACAUAUUUGGGUAGGCCUUGGAAGCUAUUCUCGAGAACAGUGAUUUUACAGAGCUACAUUAGUGAUGCUGUGAAGCCCCAAGGUUGGCUCGAGUGGAACGGAGAUUUCGCUUUGGACACCUUGUUCUAUGGUGAGUUUAUGAACUUUGGGCCGGGUGCGGGCCUGGGUAGUCGGGUCAAGUGGCCCGGUUACCGUACCUUUAAUGAUUCGAAUCAGGUUCAUAAUUAUACCGUUGCGCAGUUCAUUGAAGGGAACCUUUGGUUGCCUUCUACAGGUGUCAAAUAUAGUGCAGGAUUGCAAUCUUAAAAUCAUUACAUAAUAAUUAUAUUGAUGGUCGAUUUUUCUGGGUUCUGUUUUGAGAUUUAGUUUAUGGAUGUUACUUUUUCCUCUUAUAUAAAUAGAAUUAUAAGCCACUAGGAAUGAUAGUAAGUUUAUGUGAUGUUACAAAAUGAAAAUGAUGUAUACAAUUUGUUUGUCUUCCACUAAUUUUCGGAAAAGUCCCAAUUAAUAUAUUAUUAAUAAUAAUAAUUCUUGGUA